AAAUAGUAAGAGAAUAAAAAUCAUUAAAAGAGAAAAAGGAAGAGGAAGGAAGGAAUCGCAAGUCGUCUGUCCCGCAGGUGCAGACGACCUGUCUUCAUAGCCAAACAACCUCAAAAACAUUCAACAACGUUCACUAUUAAUUCAUCAUAAAAUAAAAACAAGUUUCGAUUUUUUAUCUUUGUUUUGUUUCUGAUCCAUUCAUGGAGGUGCCGAGUUCCUGGGAUGCUCUUCGCAAACAGUGCUAGUAUUUGCUGGAGUCCUGAUGGAAAAGCUUAUGCAAUAGAGAAAUUGUAUUUGAAGUUGUACAAUUUUGUGUACAACAAAGUGAGAGAUGGAAAGAGAAGAAAGAAGAGUGUGAGAUAAGAUGGUCGAUGUAAUAUAGAGGGAAAAAAUAGUUAUAUGAAUGAUAUAACUGUACAUAGUAUUAUGGAAUUUUAGUUGUAUUAGUAGUUUGCAUCUUCAAGCUUGCAAUUCAUGUAUAUUGCAAAUGAUUGAUAGCAGAAAUCUCCCCCUGCCCAAUCUUUUGCAGGCGAGAAAACUUGAAGCUCAGUUGGAUGAGCAGAUGAAUUCUUAUCGUAAAUUGGUUUCUGCUAAUGUUUCUACAAAAGCUGACAUUGCAGAGAGUGAUCUAGGGUCUUGGAUUGAGCGUUUACUAAAGCAACUCCAACAAGUAAACACACAGAUGCAAGCUUGGGUAUCAUCUGGUGGUUCAGAAAUGGUUUCUCAUACAUUGACUAGACACCAAGAAAUUCUUCAAGAUCUCACCCAGGAGUUUUAUCGUCUUCACUCAAGUGUUAAAGCUAAGCAAGAACAUGCUUCACUGCUAGAAGAUUUUAAAGAAUUUGAUCGAACAAGAUUAGAUUUGGAACAAGGUGUAGACUCUGAACAGCAUGCACUCCUAAAAGAGCGCUCAUCUAUCAGCCGAAGUGCAGGACAUAUGGACAAUGUAAUUUCACAAGCACAAGCAUCACUAGGAGCACUUGUCUUCCAACGUUCGACAUUUGGCGGUAUCAAUUCAAAGCUUGGCAAUGUGAGCAGUCGCCUCCCAACGGUAAAUAACAUACUUUCAGCAAUAAAGAGAAAAAAGUCAAUGGAGACCAUUAUACUUUCCCUUGUUUCUGCCGUAUGCACAUUUCUCAUUUUCAUGUACUGGCUAUCCAAGUGAAGCUGUUGUUUGUGUUGGGUGCUCAACUUUUGUAAACUCUUGUAUGUUCCUUGUCUAUUGGCCUUGGUAGCUCGUGCCAUGCUGAAACACAUUUUGCAAGUAGUCUAUUUUUUAAUCGAUUGUUUAUCCAUGUAUCAGAAAGCAAUACCGAGUAAAGAUCAGAAAUUACAUAUUACAUAGUGUUCCA